AUGGUUGAAGCCAAGAAAGCCGCCGGCAAGAAACUCCCAGCCGUCCCAGAGACUCAGCUGAAACGCAGAAAGCUUCAUGUUGCCACCAGCGUCCGUGUUGCCAACAAGAAAGCCAAGGCCCUGAAGGCACGUUGACUUUUUUAUUUUCUUUUGCAGUUUUAGGUUGAAUGAUAUGGGGUUGUCUAAAAUUUAUUUGUUUUAGGCUGCUAAGGCCAAGAAGGUCGAGAUCUUCAAGCGUGCUGAGCGAUACAUCAACGAGUACCGUCAACAGAAACGCGCUGAGGUCCAGGCCCGCCGUGAAGCCAAGAAGGCCGGCAACUUCUUUGUCCCUGAGGAGGCCAAGCUCGCUUUUGUCAUUCGUAUCCGUGGUAUCAACAAGAUUCACCCAAGACCCCGCAAGGUUCUCCAACUCCUCCGUCUUCGUCAGAUCAACAACGGUGUCUUCGUCAAGCUUAACAAAGCCACCAUCCAGAUGCUCCGAAUUGCCGAUCCCUUUAUCGCCUGGGGAUACCCAUCACAGAAAUCCAUCCGUGAACUCAUCUACAAGAGAGGACACGCUAAGGUUAAGGGACAGAGAAUCCCAAUCACUGACAACGCCAUCGUCGAAGAGAACUUGGGUAAGCAGCGUUUUUAAUAUUACUCUUGAUGUUAGCAUAGUAUUUGAUUUUCUAAAAGUUUUAACGUAACGCUAAUUUUAGGCAAACAAAACCUGAUCUGUGUGGAAGAUUUGAUCCAUGAAAUCUACAACGUCGGACCCAACUUCAAGAGAGCCUCAAACUUCCUGUGGCCCUUCAAACUGUCCAACCCCAACGGCGGAUGGUCUAAGAAGGCUAACCACUUUGUCGAGGGUGGAGACUACGGUAACCGAGAGGACAAGAUCAACGAGCUUUUGGCUAAAAUGAUCUAA